AUGAAUCCUUUUCUUUCUCAGCUUGAAUAUCCAUCGAACCAUGGAACCAUCGAUCUCAGUCAAGUACGUGUGGAGUGUACUGGACAGGAGUUUCACGAGUUGUUGGAAAAGGUUGUGCAUUAUACCAAGAACCACACCAUGGCUCAUUGGUACAAUCCAAGUGACUUGCAGCGCUACCUCCAAGUAAACCCAGGCACCCUUCAUCCAGAUUCUCCGCAUCUGUCAUUCAUUCACAAACGACGAUGUCCCGAGUACUCCAGAAAUCCCAUGUUCCCAUCACUCAACACCACACUUCUAUCCUGUCGUUGGGAAGCAGAGCUCUCUGACUUUCAUCCUCCGGCUCUGAAGGAUGUUCCAGUGUAUUAUACCAGGGAAAACAUACCAGCCCAAUCAGUCACCUUUGGAGCAGCCAUUUUGGGGCCUGCAGGAGAAUUUGAUCGUGCAAUUCUUAUCCGUCCAGUGUACGAAUGGGUCCAUGACGUGUUUGUCCUUGCCCAGACCGACCUUUCUCGCCGAGUGGUGUACAUUCGUCUCCAGUCUUAUAUGCUCGUCCCCCAAUGGCCUUCCAUCUUCUCCGCACAUUCCCAGUUCCUGUCCCAGAUCACUCCUGUCAUCACUGGACCUUGUAACGCUACAACCCAGGCGGUAAUGGAGGUGGUAGGAUAUCAAUACGGCGCGCCAAUUGCUUUUAACCCAAAACAGCGAAAGGAUGUUGAUGAAGUCACUGAAGAACCCGCAUUCCUGGAACCCCAUGACAUCCCAGCUCUCAAAAGCAUGAACAACUUGGGAGAUUGGCUUAUUGAUCAUUCCACCUCUCUCCAUCCAGUAACAUUUCCAUUAGCCAAUGACUCCGACAGUGGAGAGUUGGUUUUCGCUUCAGCAGUAGAGCUCUCCCCCUUCCAGAAUCAUCUAGAACGUAUUGGACGCUAUCCACAAUUUGAUUUUACUCUUUCAUCCGGAAGUACCGAUCAGACAGAAAUGCUCACCGUCUGGGAAUUCCUGGCAGAGAUCAAUACCGCCGACAACCCUAGACCACCCACAUCUCCAUCAGUCAAUCGCAGUUCUCCUUCCAAUUCCCUUCCUGGCAAAGAAGAUGACCUUUGGAAAGAGAAGAGCGAUAACAACUGCGGUAGAGGGGUGAUUUCUAAACUGACCAAGGUGGUGUCAGACAAGGUUUCCGAGAGACAACAGAGAAGAGGAAGAGUAGAAGGGAGUGGUGGUGCAUUCCUGAAGCAAACUUCUUGCGGCGAUGGCUCCCAUGCAAUGGAUACAGACGAAGAUGGCAAGCACCCUUUUCUGGACUGA